GCGAUAACAACCAGGAAGACAACCACCAGGACAAUUGCAAUGGCAAGAAGGCCAGCAACGGUCAAUCGAAGGCCUUCUUCUACGACUACCUUCACUAUUCUGAAUGAUUCAAGUACUAUUUUUGCUGCUGAUCCUGUGCUGACCGACGAUGACGACGAGAAAAGCGCGAAGGAUGGGGGUAAUGUACAGUUCCGGAAGACGGCAAGCGUCGGGGACGAUGAUGCCGAUACUAUAACGGUUCUAUCGAACCAGUUCAGUCAAGCUGGAUACCUUUCCGUGGCUGAUCAGAGCGAUUACACCUCACCCCAUGUGCCUUCUUACCCUUCUUUUGAUCCACGGCCGGAUGGUUCUGAGCAAGAACUCCCUACUUCAGUCACGAUCAAUACUGGGACACGCCGUGUAAACGUGCCUCUGGUCUUCAGGCCUCCUCGAUCACAGCAAAUCGCGUACGGCGGCAUGCACAACCACCCAUUUUACCGCAGAACUAUGCAACCUGGUGUUCACCCACCGAUCGAACAAUGCGUCAUGACGUCGAACGGAAACGGUGAAGGUACGCCGAAGCGGAGUUUCCUGGAUAACUUUCUGCAUUUCUUCCGUGUAUGCUGUUGUUACGAAGUCGUGGAACCAAACCAGCACAUGUAUUGAUGAACUUGGCAUGACUCCUGAAGCUGGUUUCUUCUCAUCGCAGUAUGUAUUUUCUAUGCUCCGAGCAAUCAAGUUCU